GCGGCGUCCUAAAAAUUUGCAGACAGCUACUCCGUUCUGUUUCUCCCCUACCCACAUCCCUUUCCUCCACCUUUCGCUUCAACAGGAUCGGAUUAUUGGCUUGUUUUUAUUCAUGUGUUGUGGAUGCUGGUGAAAAUAUUUGUGCUGUUUUGUGUUCAUUAUUAAAUUUUAUGGUGAACGAUGAGUUCUAAAAGAUGUUCGCGUUGUGAAAAAACUGUUUAUCCACUAGAAGAAUUAAAGUGUUUAGAUAAGUUAUGGCACAAGCAAUGUUUUAAAUGCCAAGAAUGUGGUAUGACACUGAAUAUGAAAACUUAUAAAGGCUAUAAUAAGCAGCCAUAUUGUAAUGCCCAUUGUCCUCAAGCCAAACACACUGCAGUUGCAGAUACUCCAGAAAUUAGAAGGCUAGCCGAAAACACAAAACUGCAAAGUAAUGUAAAGUACCAUGAAGAUUUCGAGAAGGCAAAAGGAAAAUUCACACAAGUUGCAGAUGAUCCAGAAACACUGAGGAUUCGAAAUACUUCAAAAAUUAUAAGCAAUGUCUCUUACCACGGAGAAUUGGAAAGGAAGAAACAGAUGGAGCAGAAGCGUCAUUUGGUACCAGAGACUAAAAAUGGGGUUGCUGUUCCAUUGAAUGGUGGUGGAGACAUUAGUAGAAGUCCAGAGUACAAUGAUUAUACUCCACCUAAUAAUGCAGCAGCAUCCCAGCCCCAUCACCCUCCUCCUCAGUCCCCUCCUGGCCGGAUCUCUGAUUAUGUACCUAAAAUUGCCCCAGAACAAAAAGACUCGCCAUAUUCUGCCAAACUUACAUCCACUGUCAUCUACACUUCUCAAGAAGGUCCAGUACAUCAACCACCGUCUCGAAAAAUUGGAUCAAUUGCCGAUUAUGAUCCUUUGAAUGAUAAUUAUGGCUCUUUGGCUACGGGCUAUCGACAGGUUCACCCACAAGAUAUAUCAAACAUGAAUAUGUACAGAGCACAAGAGGCAGUUCCUAGUGUUCCCAAGGCUGCUGGCCAUACUUUCAAAGCAAUGUAUGAUUAUGUUGCCCAAGAUUCAGAUGAGGUGAGCUUCCUGGAUGGUGAUAUGAUCAUCAACUGCAAUGCCAUUGAUGAUGGUUGGAUGACAGGGACUGUGCAGAGAACUGGACAGUCUGGAAUGCUGCCUGCCAACUAUGUAGAGCAAAUCAAUUGAUAACAAGAAUCAUCGCGCUUUAUUAAAUAAAUUUUGUGACAAAUUUAAAAUACAAAUGCUUUAGAACUGGAGACAUUUGGCUCAUACAUGCUCAAGACUGUCUUGUUCCAAACUCAAAGGAAGAAAAAAAAAUAAUAAAUUAUAUACCAUUUAUUGUAGAGUUAAAAAAAAAAUCAACCAAUCAAAGCAAGUUUGUAGCUGUCAGGUAGAUAUUUACUCCAGAAUCUCAGAUUUUGUAUUAAACAUGUAUUGUGUAUUGAAACCAUUCUUAGGCGUUGUGUCCUUGAUUUCUUCUUGAAGCGGUGCAAGUGAAAAUUUCUUCCCUCUCUUUAUUCCUUAAAACGUGUGAUUAAUAGAUUAGUUUAAAUCUAAUUAAAGGUGCUUAACCUAAUUAUGUAUGAGGUAAAAUGUUUUUAACCUUAGUUUCAUUAUUCAUCAGCAAAUAAUAAACAAAUGACUAAUCAAGUAACUGUAACUUUUAAAGUCUAAAAGUUAGUAUUGACUAGUAAAUCUUUUAUUCUAAAUUGUGUUUGUUGUUAUUAAAAAUGUUGAACUUUUUAUUUUGGAAAUACAUGCAAUAAAUUCAUAACUGAAUCAUGUUGUUAAAUCCUAUUAUUUUUUUCUUUUAUUGAUACAAAUAGAAUAUUUUUACCACAUUUAAAAAAAUAUUAUCUGUUCAAUAUGAUGAAUUAUGAAAUUUACAGGUAAAAAUUACAAUUUACUGUUUGUUAGACUUAGAAGCUGGCAUUUCGAUUUGUUACAUCUUGCAAUAUGUUUGUAUAACUAUACUUAAUCAUUUUUUAAUCACCUUCAACUGACAUUGUUGUCUUAAAUUAAGUUUUAUUAUAUUUGUUGCUUUGUUUUCUUUUUAACUAUCAUUUGUGAAUGGAUUUUAUAAAGCCAUAAUAAUUUUCUGAGCUUUUAUUUCAGGUAAAAAUUGCAAAAACGUGUGUUGUAAUAUUUCUCAUGCAAUUUUUAUGGAGCCAUGUUUUGUAAUGGUUUCUAAGCUGCCAUGUUUGUUUGUUUAAGGCAGAUUGACUAUGAUUCCUUUUUUAUAUAUGUAUAAAUAUAUAUAAAUAUCUUUAUAUAGUUGUUACGAUGAAUUCUUUUGUAAUUCUUUAAUUGCAUCUGUAGUGUGAUUUUAACAAAGAGAGAUUUGUCAGACAAUGUGGCACCAAUGAUUAUACAUUUUCUCCCUUUUAUAUUAAUGUUUACCUUUUUGUUUCCUUUUUUUUUUCAAUUAAAUGUGAUUGCUCUUGCAUUUACUUAUGCUUUUGAUACAAAUAAAGCUGUACUCCUUUUUUUUCUAAAAAAUUGAAAUUUAAAACAUUUUUGUGAGUGCCCACAAAUUUUUUUUCUAAUAUAUAUAUAUAGUGUAAUACUUGUACUGCAGAUUCAUUCAACUUUGAAAUAAAUAAUGUUUUUUUUUUUCAUUCAAUUGCUGUUUAAUUAAUGUAUUUUUUCAAACACCAGAUGAAAAUAUAUCAAUUUAUUUUUCUUUAAAAAUUAAAGUUUAAAUCAAAUUUUUUUUUUAAUUGCUUUUCAAUAUUGAAACAUUUCAUUAAUAUAACAAUCUGAAAACAACUUUUAUUAAUAUAAAAAUUACUUAACUUUCAGAAAAAUACUCAUUUAAAAUAUAUAUCAAGUUGUUUAAUGUAUGUUGUUUCAUAUUGUCAAUACAGAUUGUAUGCAUGCACUUAAAAGAAAUAAAAACUGCAUGAAACAUA